GGGUGAUGUGCUCUUGCUGUUGAGCCAGGCCUGCUGCAAAUAGGAGCUGGGUGGGUAGCCGUGACCUAAUCCCUCAGCCUAACCCACCUCAUGAUUGUUCUGAGGAUAAAAGGGUAGAGGUGCAUGGGGAGAAUCUUGUAUGUCACUCUGAGCUCCUUGGAGGGAAAAAACCAAGAUUAAAAUAUAAUAAUGCAAAGAGAACUGAAACCUUCUUGGAGUGGGAGUGUUGGAGCCACUUCAAACAUUACAGUGUUAGGUGUAUGCCUAAGAUGCUUCCAUUGUCCAUAUAAAAAUGUAAAUUCUGAGCAAGAAAUGCAUGUGCUAUGUAUUAUGCAGGUACACUCGGGCAGGGGUCUCCGUAGCUUGUGUGUAUGUACACACACACACACACACACACACACAGAGAGAGAGAGAGAGAGAGAGAGAGAGAGAGAGAGAGAGAGAGAGAGAGAGAGAGAGAAGCAAUCCUGGCAUUUGUAGCUGUUCAAAAUGGCUUUUGAACUGGAAGAGGGAUGGAGUGUACUUGCAAUUCCCAGAUGGUCAUUCAUCCCUACACUGACCAGACCUACUUGGUUUCAGCAAAGUAAACUUUUGUUUUUCUUUUAGAAUUUUAUUAAGUAAACAAGUUCAAAUGCUGACAAAACAUACUUGCAAGGUGGUGAUGUGUGCCUUCACAUGAUGCCUCAGGAAUGUCCCCAGGUCAGCUUUAAGCUGGCUAGUCUAAGCUCUUUCCCACCCAGAUAGUUCUUUCUCUUAAUUGUUUUAAGUAUGGUCUCUGUGAGAAAUAAUAACAUGUAAUAGGUCCCUUUUAUGCAAAUAAGCAAGUGCCUAGGCAUGUCCCAUGCAUAUGCACACUGCCCCUUGGUUAUAGAUGGCCAACCACAGCACUAUCCCUUGCUGAUACUGUCCAAUAGGUCAGGUGUGGUCCACACAAAACCAGCUUGCUGUAGUUUAACCCCUGCUCAGUCAUGCCUUUUACCUCUCAGCACUAGUAGUGAGUUACUAGGCAAGCCAAGUUAAUAACUAACAGGCUGAGCAACUGUGGCCUGGAAGGGCCAAAGGUGGAUGUUCAGAUGCUUAUGGCCAGUGAAGGGUGUAAAUAAAGGAAGGGGAGGAAUUGGAGAUAUAUUCAGUUGCUAGGUCACUUUCCAGCACAAAGGAAAAAGACAGACAGCAUGAACAAAGUCAACCGGGCUUCUAAAAGCAUCCUUCCCCAUGCUCGUAAAGGGCCAGAAUUUCCUCCCUGGCCCCUGAUCUGCUUGUUGGCCUUGCAGCAUCUCCUGGUCCAGGUAUCUUUUCUCUGCGUCUUUCACUUUUUCUUCAUCGCCACCCUCCCCGGCAAGAUGCUGAAUGGUACUCCAUGUUGGAAUGAACUUCUAGCAUGCAACCUUUUUGCCUGUGGCAUAGCCACAGCCUUUCAGUGUGGAUUGGGAACCAGGUUGCCGCUGGUUCAGGCUCCAUCUUUUGAGUUCCUUAUCCCAGCCAUGAUACACACCCAACAUGUGGCUCCCUUUCUCCAGUCAAAAGGAAACAGCACUGAGGCCCCCGACAUAUGUGCCGGGCCAGAUUGUGAAAACUCAAGAAACUGGGAUCAGUUACUCCAUGAGGUUUCAGGUGCAGUGCUGAUUUCCGCUCUGGUGCAGGUGGCAUUGGGGAUGUCAGGUGCCUGUGGGUGGAUUACCCAUCGCUGCGGACCCAUGGUUCUGGCCCCAAGCCUUUCUGUCAUUGGACUUUCAGCAUACAGACCUGCUGCUCUUCUCUGCUCUGAAAACUGGGGAGUUGCCUUGCUGCUUGUGUUGCUGUGCGUUUUGCUAUCCCAACACCUGGCUUCCUGCCGACUGCCCAUUUGCCAGUGGAGCCAAGCAAGAGGGCUCACUAUAAAAUCGGGCAGCCCAGCCCUGCACUUUUUUUCGAUUCUGCUGCCCUUCUCUGGGAUCUGGCUUGUCUGUGGGAUGCUGAGACCUGUUCCAACCCCUUGGGACGUGUUGCAUCCUUCCACACGCCACUUAACCCUCACCAACAGCACCCUGCCGUCCCCAUGGCUCAAGCUGCCUUACCCAGGUGCACAGGGCUGGCCAGUACUUAGUACCCGUGCCAUUGGCAUUGGUGCUGCUAUGGGUGUUACCGCAAGCAUGAAUUCUGUGGGCUGCUAUCUGCUGUGCAGCAAGUCCCUAUGGGAUCCACCCCCACCACAGCAUUUGUGCAACAGAGGGCUCUGCACUGAGGGCCUUGGCACCCUCCUGUCAGCUGUGCUGGGCAGUGUGUCUGGAACGGCAUCCAGCAUGCCCAAUGCUUGUGCCGGCAGACUGACCCAGGCUCCCUCAUGCCGUGCAGUGUGGAUCAGUGCGUUGGCGUGUGUACUGUUGGGACUGUCUCCUCGGCUCAUGGGAAUUCUUACCACCAUCCCUCUGGCAAUUCAUGGAGGAGUGCUAUGUGUGACAUACAGCAUGGCUGUGGGCACCGGUGUCUCUUACUUCCAGUAUACAAACAUUGACUCGGGCAGGAACAUCUUCAUUGUGGGCUUCACCAUGUUCAUGGGUCUGCUGGUUCCGAAGUGGCUCUUCACGGCACCAGGGUCCCUGGCCACAGCUACAGGUUGUGUCCCUGUAGACCUCUUCCUCCUUUCUCUGUUGAUGGUUCCGGCCUUUAUAACUGGAUUCCUAUCCUUUUUCUUAGAGAACACAGUUUCCGGCACCCUGCAAGAGCGUGGGCUGCUCAACUACUCAUCAGCAAGCAAACCAGAGGCCAGAGAGAAUUCCCUGCAGCAAUGCAGAAACGGCUCUGCACAAAGAAAUCAGCUGCCUCUAGUCCUACAAAAGCAUCCACCACCUUCAUGGCGUAAGGGCUUUCCUUUCUGUUUCCUCUGUCCCUUGGGGGACGACAAAGUGAAGAUUGUGAACACUUACCCUCUGGAAGAAUUGUGCCAUUCAGAAGAGCAAACCACAGAUCUGCUGCUGAAACCAGAAACAGUGGUGCUGGACACAGAACUGGAGCUGGAGAGUGGAGACAGUGCAAGAGCCUAACAUUCCACAAAGGAAUUUGGAGAAUCAUAAAUAUGGCAGACCAACAGCUAAUGAGAUGACCUCUCUAUGCUGAUCUCUAAAUAGAAAUACAGGUACUUGAAAAAAUCUGGAAACAAAUCUGGAGAUCAUGUGCAUGCUUCUACAUGUCUAAAAUGGUUUCUGCAGCAUCACCUUUGGGAUUUCUCUUCUAUGCCUCCGUGACAACUGGCAUUAAGACUUCCCAUUUAAUGUCACUGCCUGUGGGAAUGAAACUAUCCCAUACCAGCAUGCAAGACCUAGGCCUGCAUUACUGUAGCAUGCCCCAGGGAAUCUAGGGUAGAGGAUGGACAUAUUUUCUAUACUUCUGCCAUUUUGUUUUUAAAUGGAUCAACAACACAAUUCCAAGUGAAGAACUUGCCUAACACACUUUGUAACCCAGGGCUAGUUUCCUGUUGGGUACUGUAUAUUUCUUAGUUUAAUAAAGUGGGACUCUCCUCCUUUCAUAGGAGGGAGGGAGCUGUCAUGAAUCCCUCAAGGAGGCUACCAUUCUUUAGCUGACCAUGACCCCCGUUCUGUGACAAGGAGAUAAUAGACCUUUGGUGUCUCCCUCUUCCAGAAGUAUAGAGAUGCCCUGCCAGGGGUGGCAUGAUCCGUUUUGCCACUUAAGGCAAAAUGGGAAGUACUGUCCCCACCCUGCCACCUGUCCCGUCACCUCUGCACCGUUUCAGAAGCAGCUCCGCAACAUCUUGCAGAGUUUCAAAAAUUGUCGAGAUAUUGCCAGAAAUUGGCGACAGUGCUGGUGCUGCUUCUCUGCUGACGGCAUGAGCUUAGCCAGGAUUUUUGUUGGGAGAGGCAGGACUUGUUUUAGGGGGGCAGAACCAACAUGAUUGGCCAGUUAUUGUUUUACUUGAUUGGGGGCAGCUGCCCCUCGCCCGCCCUUGGCUAUGCCCAUGGCUGGGGGUGGAGGCAGUGGGGCAGGCAGGGCACUGCCUUGGGAGCUUCUCCUGCUGAGAUGGCAGCCUCAGCACUCACCCACCACCACAAUGACUGGGUUGGCCCUCUGCUUUACAUAAGCAACCUGAGGGAGUGUGCAUGUAAAGAUUCUCACUAGUCACACCUUUAGAAAAUAUUAUGUGCACCCCAAUUCUCUGGGCAGUGAGGGCCACCGUGUAUAGGGUUUUGAUUCCCUUGAAUGAGAUAACUGGCAGCUCAUUGGCAUUUUGUGACGUGGUUUAAUCACACAUAUACCCGAUUUCUGAGGAAAUUGUCAGCAUAAUGAAAUCCUUAGAGAGGGAUCCAACCCACCUUUGUCCCUUUUUUCAGUCUCAAUUGGAUGUGAAUAAAAAAAUGCACUCCUUUCCUGUUCACAAAGUUAAUUUUAGUAACACAUUCUAUAACUGGGAAUGGGGAUGGUGCUCAGAAGAUAACAUAUUUUCCCAAACCAGAAAAUCAUGUGGUCUACCACCAGGCUUCCUUGAUCUGUGGUAAGGUAGCAAAGGCAGAUAAAACACUGGCUUGGUAAGAAACACCUUUAGCUGAAACAUCAAAGGAAUGAUACUACACCACCUGAAUAAAAUUAAUAAAUGCAAGCAAAGAAUUAGAGGGCAGAACAAUACUACACAACAGGUUCUCUGUCUCACAGAUACACCAGUUUUGUAGGAGGUGCUCCAUUAGGGUUGGCAUAUUUCAAAAAGUGAAAAUCCGGACACAAAAGUUGUUGAGCAUAUUUUGCAAAAUCUCUACCCAAAAUGGUGUUUUUUAAGUAUUUAUAUAAA